GAAACCUUUGAUCUCUGCAAAGCAGUUCAUGAAUUUUGUGCCUCAAGAGUUGUCUACCCAAAUAGGGCUGUCUGGUCAAGCUAGCUCUGAGACUAUCUGCCUGUUUAGGUAACAAUAAUAAACUAUUAACAGUUAUAACAAGUGUACAACCAGCUAGCUACGUGUGUUCACCUACUGUGCAGAAUUGUGUGUUGUGCAUGAGAGCCUUGUAUCUAGAUACUAUAGCCUCAACUAUACAGUUACUAUAGAGCUGCACACACGACAUGAAUCAAGAGUCUAUUGCUAUUAAGUACAGAUAACUAGGUCUCCCAAAGAUGAUGAAUUGUUGAGACGGUGUGUGUUGUGGUUAAAUUCCAAGGCCUAGUGGCUGACGUAUACAGAUAUGAAGCUAUCAGAGAUAUUGCAAGCAUUUCAUGGCCUCGAGGCGUGCGAUCGUGUGGACCUCAUCUGUCGAAUGCUACGUCACUGUCUGGCAUUUGAAUCUCGAUUCCUCGGUACCGUAUUAUUAGACGCCUCUAAAGAGCAUUACAAAUCGCAAGUGAAUAAAAUUGAGAUACAUGCCAACAGAGUGAGCUACUACAAGCCCUUCCAAGAGUCAGGCCUCUCUCACCAAGUAUGUCUCAAACUGUGCAGUUCUCUGUCUGUUGUGCAUUCGGAUAAUCGACCUGUGGCUGAGGUCGUAUUCCAACUACUCAACGAUAAGAAAGUGCUGACGUUUUUUGAGGAUUGCAAUGAGCUCAAAGUGCUGAAGGAUUUGCGACUCCUCUACGUGAUGGCUGUGAAUCACCCUGCUCUCUCAUUCAACCAGCGUCAGCUACUCAUGUACACAUACCUGCAACGAAUGGACCUGCUCUUUAUAGAGAAGUCAAAGUACUCCUUCUCUGGAAGCUUCUCAGGAUCUAUGGAGGUUAUGAGGAGCCCACUCCCAAAAUGGCUGGAGGAGGUGUAGAGAUCUGAAGGUUGUCUAGCGCUGCAGGAGUAGAGGAGAUGUGUUUGUUGAGUGGGAGCAUCCUCCGUCACCACCACUCUCCAGUAUCCAUGGAGAUGACACUAUCCUCUUUGAGCUCCUGAGAACUAAACAACAUUCAACAGUUGACGACAAUCGACGAUGCAAUUACGUUAGAAUCCAGCCAUGCAUGACAUGUGCACAGACUGUGGGGGGUCUGGUAUCAAGGUGACCCACCGCCCACUUGGCCCCGGCAUGAUGCAGCAGAUACAGAGCGUGUGCACAGACUGUGGGGGGUCUGGUGAUUACAUAAGAGACAAGGACAAGUGCAAGAAAUGCAAAUGCAAAGGAAAGUGUCUCGUGGAAAUCAACCACAAACAAGAGAACAGUGCUGGUGACGACCAUAGUGACAAGCAGCUGGAUCACACCGACUACAGGAGAGUCGACUGUGACCUGUUCGUAGAAGAGCAUCAGUUUAAGGGAGGCCUUGUCUGGCUUCACUUGCACUCUGUACCCCCUGGACGGGAGGAACGUGAGUGUGUCCAGGUCACCAGGAGCAGUGUUGUCACCAGGUGAGUAGGUGGCUGGUAGGAGGAGGAUUGUGUAUAGGGCUGCCUUUGAGAGGAGUGUACAUACAAGCUAUUAUAGUGUGUCCCAGCCUUACAAGCUGAGGGGACAUGUGUUAGGGUUAGGUACCUUAGGACUGUUCAUCUGGCAGCUUUAACAAGACUUAGGCUAUUUAUUAUCAAGGGCGUAUACACCCUUGUUAUUAUCCAUGAGAACCAAAGCAAAUAACUGAAUUGAAAGUGAUAGCUAAGAGUACCAGUGUGAAGGAGGGAGGUUCAUUGAGGUGUACUGGCAUGGCUGUCUUAUAUAUAGUGACAUCCUUCUUGUUCUUCAAUAGACUGUAGAGGAGGUGUGGCCAAAUUGGCAAAUACCAUAUAGCGGAUAUUUCGAGGGUAUAAAUGUUCGUGGUUUUCGCUGAUUAAGCAUCUACCGCGAACAUUUAUACCCACGAAUUUAAUAUCGCACGCAUACAAGCUGCAGAAAGACUGCUAUUCUGAAUUCCCGAAAAUCUUUUUAACGGUCAAUCCGCGAAAGUGUAUACCCUCGAAAUAUACCCGCUAUACGGUAGUUUUAUCACUCAAAUAUGAACUUUUACGAUAUCAUUAGAGAAGAAGCUCUUUCAGAUGCUUAAUUCCCGAAUUUGGAACGGGUCAUAAUUAGGGUUAGGUAUAGGACUUUUGAUCUUGUUAUUUCUAUUUUCACUUCAUGUGUAUGUAUUUAUAGUCUUGUGGUCAUGUGCAAUACUAACAGUGGUUGUGUUGUGUGGGCAGUAUUGUACGUAGGUACAUGUACAGUUGCUAAAAAGCUACGAAAACUCUGCCAAUCUAAUUACAACAUACUGAAAGUAGUAUCAAUUGAGUUUACAAUGUGUGUGUGUGUGUGUGUGUGUGUGUGUGUGUGUGUGUGGGUGGUGUGUGUGUGUG